AUGCUUCGAGAUACUGGAGAUAGAGUCGACUUCAACACUCUCGGCUUCUCUGCCGAUCACAUCCCGGUGGAUCAUGCCUCGCAUUUGCUCUGGUCAACGUAUCAAAAUCCUUUCAAUGUAGCCCAAGAACCAGCCUCCAAAUACAAGGAGAGUGCGACGCAGCAAGAAGGAUGGCUGCUUGAUCCUCCUGAACUUGCUGAGCAAUCUUUGGAUGUCCCCGGAUUAGGUGAACAACGGGUUGACCAACCCAUGACUGGAUCAUAUACCCAAUUGCGAGAUCUCACUGAUGACGAUCGAGAUCGUAUCCAACAGGCAGCCAAAACUUGCCUCGAAGAACCGAUCUGGGCACCUAUUUCAUUCGCGGCUUUCCCGAGCAAGGAAAAGCUGGACCACUGCAUUGAUCUAUUCUUUGUCAACUUUCAACCAGUCCUGAGCUUUAUUCACAAACCUACUUUUGACCCUACAGUCGCGCCAGUCACGCUCAUUCUUGCUAUCGCAAGCAUAGGCGCACGAUUCACAAAUCUUAGCGGGGCAGCGUCUUUUGCCAAUGUUAUCGCAAAGCUGAACCGCCGACUCCUACUUUCGAUGGGCGAGCGCGACCCACGUAUUGCAUCUUCUGAACCUUUCAUGGCGGCACAGUUGCUCCAAGGAAUCUACGGAUACUGCAGUGGUGAUAGAGUCUUGUUUAAUUAUAGCGAGACUUUAAGGUGGUCUCUAAUCCAGACAGGAAAACAAGUUGGGCUGUUUCAUGAUACACCACGACGGACUCCCUCGACUAAGAGCGAGAGUGUUGAGUCUCAAUGGAGUUCCUGGAUCGCUUUCGAAAGACGCAAGAGGCUGGGAUGGGCCAUACACGAAUUCGAUGCUCUGGCCAGUGUUCUUCACAACCAGCGCCCUGCCUUCAGCACACCUGAUCUGACACUGGCACUCCCCAGCGAUGCAGACAGCUGGGAAGCUCCGUCUGCCCAUGCGUGGAUGGCCUUGCAUCCAUGGAAGACCGAGGCUGAUCCGGUUGGCUUUCGGCUCGCAGCUCGCAGCUGCUUCGAUGCGAGUCUCAUCGACAAGAUCCAGCUGACCGAUACACAACAUAUCCAUAUCAUCAUGGUGACUCUAGCUCGUUUUGUGUGGUCACUUAAAGAGUUACAGGUGUCUCCUCUCAUGGACGUGGUGCCCGAUUACAUGCCAAUUCCUGAUCAUAAAGCAACACUUACAGACAAGAUGGGAGAUUUCUUAAUUUCGCCGCAUGUUUUGAAGUAUUCCAUGGCUACAGACGACCGCACUCUUCGUCAUGUCACCCAAAGAGCUUUGAUCAUCCACAUGUCAUACUUGUAUGGCGCAAGCGAUCUGAUGGACUGGUUACCUGCUUUACUUCGCAGUGCGGGUUUCAACAAGCCGGCUCGCGAACGCAUGGUCAAAUGGGGAGAAGAAGAUCCAGCCCGAGUCCGCAAGGUCAUCUACCACAGCUCACAGAUCAUGGGAAUUUGCCGUGACUUUCCAUUCAACACUCCAUACGAGUCUUUCUACGCCUUUUACGCUGGCGCAGUCUUGUGGUGCGCUGCUACACUUCUGGCUUCUCCGCUCAGAGAUAGCAUUUGCAGCGAUAAGAACAAGAAUUCUGAUCCCGAAUCAAACAGAGUUAUCCUUCUGCUAGACAGGCCUCCGGUUAAUGAUGCGGCUAACUGGACUGCUAACGUUUUGAAGUGGGUUCAUGAGGGCGGACGGCACAUUCAGCUUGGCAUGUAUGGCGUACCAAUGCUGGGCAGCCCAGAGAGUCGAGUGCAGGUGGUUCAAGAAACGGUUCGUGUGUUGCAAAAUAUGCGCAUUUGGGAUAUAUCUCGCGCAUUUGCGUCUACUCUUAGGCGCCUUGUACGAGCUGUAGAAGUGAUCGAUCGAUAA